AAUUGAGCCACAACCAUCGUAGCACGACAGUUAUACUCCCAAAUCUCGCCUAAUCAACUUCUUCUCUCGCCGAUUUAAUCGUAACGGUCAUAUUUCAUCAUAUAUUCCCACAUUCCCAACUAUCCGAUCACUCCCCGAAAAAGCACUUUUGUGAAAAGCCGCCUUCCUUCAUACUCUGUGAUUUCUCACUCUCCCUCUCUCUCUCUCUGCUUUCCUUUUUUUUUUUUUUUUUUUUUUUGCGAUUGUUUAAUUUUCUCGGAGCUGCGGAACUCGCAGGGAUAGUCGGAGGUUUUGCUUUUAGGUCCCUGGAGUUUUGUUAAUUUGUGAGGGGUUAGGGUUUUUGGAGGAUGAGAUUUGAAUGGGAUUUUGUGUUUCUGCGAUGGUAGCUGCUGUGUCGACGACAUUGAACCCCAAGGCCGCGUCCCAAGGAGGAGGUCGUCCCCAAAACGCCACCGUAAGGCCUCCUCUUCUGCCUUCUGAACCCGACAAUGGCUUCGCCGUUCCUCGCCGCCUCAAAGCUCGGGAGGUCACUUCCCGGUACAUGUCCUCCUCAUCUUCUACUUCUUCCUCUACUUGUUCGAAUUCGAGGCGUUGUCCCUCUCCGUUGCCGUCCAGAACCGGCGGUUCGACGGCGGCGACGCCGUUGUCGCAGUCUGUGAAGCGCUCGCAAUCGGUGGAGAGGAGGAGAGCUGUCACUCCUCGACCCAAUUCUUUGAAUUUGAGGACCGGGAAUGUUGGUGCUGGAGGCGGUGAAAUGUCCGCGGCUCAGAAGCUACUGUUCACUUCAACGAGGAGCUUAUCGGUGUCGUUUCAGGGCGAGUCGUACUCGCUCCAGGUGCGUAAAGCGAAACCGGCGCCGUCUCCGAGUACAAGGAAAGGCACUCCGGAGAGGAGGAAGGCGACGACGCCGUUUGGAGCAGAUCAGAGUGAGAAUUCCAAGCCGACAGAGCAGCAGCGGUGGCCUGCGAGAUUGCGACAACCGAAUAGUAUGAGUAGGAGCUUGGAUUGCACGGAUGAGAGGAAGAGGAUGAGUGGAUCUGGCGCCAAUGUGGUUAGAGCAUUACAAAGCUCAAUGGUGGAUGAUGUUGAUGGGAGAUUGAGGUUGAAUUCCUGCAAUUUAGUCUCAGGGAAAGCUACUGAGGCUGUUGAUGGGGGCAAUUCAGGUAAUACACAGUCCGAGACCGAGACUUGGUCGAAUUUUGAUAGUGUGUCUUUUGGCAGUGCUAAUUCAGGACCGCACGAGCUUGGUAAUGGCUGUGGUGGCGGCACCAAUGGCUACGUUGGUGUUGGACAAGCACCACGGCCUAGAGGGAUUGUUGUGCCUGCAAGGUUUUGGCAAGAGACUAACAGUAGAUUGCGCCGCCAAUCAGAGUCUAAUAAGGGUAAUGCAACCAAAAAUAUGGGUUCUCCUAAACAUAUUGAGAGCAACAGGUUAUCUAUGGAUAGUCCAGUGUCAUCUCCUCGAGGUGUGGUGAAUAGCAGGGGGCAGUUAUCCCCUAUUCGUGGAGCUGCUGGGCCUGCUUCGCCUAGUAAGCUCAGCAGGUCGUUGGUGCCAUCUUCGCCUAUGAGGGGAUUGAGCCCUUCUCGGAUGAGGAAUGGAGUGUUGGCUACUCCAAGUAGUAAUUUGAGCAUGCCUUCAGUUUUAAGUUUCGCUGCUGAUGUUCGAAGAGGGAAGGUUGGAGAGAACCGGAUGGUUGAUGCACAUGUGGUGAGGCUAUUACAUAACCGGCUCUUGCAGUGGCGCUUUGUAAAUGCAAGAGCUGAUGCCACCCUAGCUGCACAGAGGUCCAAUGCAGAGGGAAGCCUCUAUAAUGCAUGGGUAACGAGUUCAAGACUUUGUGAAUCUGUAAGACAAAAACGGAUUGAGUUACAUCUGCUGAGGCAACAUGUGAAGAUAACAUCCAUCCUAAAGGGGCAAAUAACAUAUCUGGAAGAGUUGUCACUUAUGGAUCGGGAUUACUCGGAUUCUUUGUCAGGGGCCAUUGAAGCUUUGAAAGCUAGCACGCUCCGCCUUCCAGUUGUUGGAGCAAGGGCUGAUGUCUACAAUGUGAAGGAUGCUAUUUCUUCAGCAGUUGAUGUGAUGCAAGCGAUGGCAUCAUCAAUAUGUUUAUUGUUAUCGAAGGCUGGGGAUGUGAACUUUUUGGUGGCUGAACUUGCAAAUAUAACUGCGAAGGAGCAUGCUUUGCUUGGUCAGUGCAGAGAUCUAUUGUCAACAGUUGCAGCCAUGCAGGUGGAGGAAUGUAGCCUCAGGACGCAUAUUUUACAACAGAAAAGCGUACCUGACAGCCUCACGGCGGAAGUGUAAAGCUAAACCGUAUCAUGACUGCCUAAACAGCUAACAACAACAUCAGAUUCUUUUUCCUUUUGCACAUAUUUACCUUCGAAUCCAUGAAGCCGAAGCGAAAACAAGAGAAGAAGACUCAAUUAUGCCUGUUGCUGUGUUUAAGGUACUACGCGGAAUUGAGAUGUUUACGUGCAUAGAUAGCAAGAAAUUUGUGUUGUCAAUAUCAAAUUAAUUUGUAUACACCUUUACUUUAUCCGCAAGUAAAGAGGAAGGAUAGAGAUGUUCUCCGGAUCUCGAACCGGGCAAUCCGAACCACUUAAAUUGAAUCCGGGUGUCUCCAUUAACUCAUUCAGCUGGGCAUCUCACAUAAACCGACGAAUCGGAUUUCCUGGUUCCUAAGCUCCGGACACUAAAGUUUGUAGGGUAUCCAAAGUCCAAGAGGAAAAUGUGUAAAUAUGUGCAGUGAUGCUUUUAAUUUAUAUUUAAUUUAAUAGCUUUUCUAUUA